AUGAUCUCCAAUCUCUUAGUUAAUUCAGGAGUUGAUAUGCUAUUGACAGAGUGGAUGAAACCACAAAUUGAGCCACUUAACAAGAUCACUUUUAGCAAGAGCGAUGGUCAUUUGCAGAAUGCUUGCAUUAAUGUUGCAGCGGCACACAAUAUUGGCACGGAGCACGAUCCAACUUCUACGGAUGCUGGUGUUAAUACUAAGGUUGCAGUGACUACUACUAGGGAGAUGCGAUCCCUACUCGAGGAGCAUCACGCACUUUUGAUCCAGAGCAUGAAGAGGAUCGUGGAGAUGAUCAUUGUGCCCAUCAUGAUUCGACUGCAAGAGAUUGAGAGACUCAUUAUUGUGAUGCAGGAGGACUUGGAUAAUCUUACACAGUUGUUAUGGGUACUGACGUGCCAAGCCCAGCUGCCACCACUAUCUGGGUUACUCCCGUCUCUGGUGACAUUUCCGGGGCAGACCAGAGAGUGCUGGUCACCUCUUGCGAAUAUAUCAGGAUGUCCAGAGGAAAUUUCUGGCUCAAUUGUCAAUGGCCAAUUCAGCAUUACAGGGCCAGUUUGUUGCAAGGCCAUCAUGGAGAUUCCAGAUAAUUGCUGGAGUAAGUUUAUUCCCUUCAAUCCAGUCUUCCCUACAUUGAUCAGAAACUCUUGUGCUAGAGGUGCAGCAGUUGAUCCAGCACCUAAAGGAAUUGAACAUGUCCAGGCCAGAAAGCCAUCUGUGUCGGGGCUUUUACCUUUGCAACCUGUAAAUAGAGCUAUGAGGCAGUGCUGGUCUUCUCUUGCAAAUGUCCCAGGUUGUCUUGUGGAGAUUUUAAAUUCGCUUUUUACCGGUGAAAUUGGUGCUUAUGGCGCUGCUUGUUGCGAAGCCAUUACUCGGAUUAGUGACAAUUGCUGGACUCAACUGUUCCCGUUUAACCCAUUUUUCCCUUCAUUGGUUAUAGACUCUUGUGCAGCUGGUUCUUCACCUACAAGAAUAGGUCCGACCAUGGCGGCCAAGCACUCUUCGCCAGGGCAGUCGACAUUACCUUUCCUAGGACUGUCACCUAAUUCAGGGCAGUCUGGGCAAGAUAUUGCGCGGUGCUGGUCCUCUCUUUCGAGCGUAGAAGGUUGCGUUUCUGAUAUAUAUGGGUCACUUUCGAGGGGCCAGUUUAGAGGUAUUGGUACUGCCUGUUGCAGAGCCAUCACUGAUGUCAAUGACAUUUGCUGGCCACAGAUGUUCCCAUUCAACCCACUUUUCCCUCCAUUGCUCUAUGGUAAUUGUGCAUCGAUUGGUGGUGAAGCACGAGCACCUACUGGAAUUUGA